AUGGACUCCACCCGGCUGUUGAAGCCGCGCUGGAACAGAAAACGAUGUCAGCUGGCCAAGUGGAUGCCGGGCCUCGGGACGGUGUUGAUAAUCUUGUUGCUGCUCAUCAUCUGCUGCCUGCAAAAUGAGCGCAGCUACUUCUCGACCCUCGUCCAGGCCUUGACAAUAUCAUACGUUUUCCGCGGAGAAGAAACGAUGGUGAUCCCCUGGAUUCUGAAAAGCCAUGAGGAAUGGGUGAAGCGCCGGGGGAUCACGAAAGGAAGCGGGCUAUCCGAAAAAGUGCUUGAUGAAGCUGUGUCGGCUUUUAUCUCGGAGAUUAUAACUCGACACGGCACCCUCGCGCCGAGGCUUUGCAAUAAGGACCCAUUCGCAUUGUUUUACGUCGACUAUCUCGCUGAUUUGUUCCCGGAAUCGAAGUAUAUUUUGAUGCUGCGAGAUGCACGCGCGACGGUCCAUUCUAUCAUCACGCGAGAAGUCCCGAUCAGCGGGUUUAAUAGAACGAAUUAUGAGCAAUGCUUCCAAGCCUGGAACGGCAACAUGCGCAAGCUGGUCAGCCAAUGUCGAGGGGCCACCGGGCGAUGCUUGAUGGUCCACUACGAAUCACUGGUGCAAUCGCCGCGCAAGCAGAUGGCGGAAAUCUUGGCGUUUUUGGAGGAGCCGUGGUCGGAGAACGUGCUGCAACACGAGAAAUUUGUGGGCGGCGAAGUGAUGCUCAAUCCGAACGAGUUCAGCACCAACCAGGUGGUCCAAGGAGUCAACCUGAAGGCAAUGACAGCUUGGAAGGGAUUUUUCAAUGACGAAUUGCUGGGGAAAAUCCCGAGGCUGGCCCCGAUGAUGGCAAGUCUAGGCUACGACCCAUUCGAUCUCGAUCCCGACUAUACGAAAUGGGCCCGAACGACAAAUCAACCU